AUGACCAGCACGGCUCAGACCAGCACGGCUCUGCCCAUCUUCUCCAAAGGCGAGGACUGCAAAGCCUCAUGGCAUGACGCCAGCGCGGGCUACAACAGCGCGGACACGCAUCUGGAGAUCAUGGGGAAGCCCGUGAUGGAGCGCUGGGAGACCCCGUACAUGCACUCCCUGGCCGCGGUGGCUGCGUCCAAAGGAGGCCGUGUGUUGGAGAUUGGUUUUGGAAUGGCGAUAGCAGCGACUAAAUUGGAGUCGUUCCCGAUCGAGGAGCACUGGAUCAUCGAGUGCAACGACGGCGUCUUCGAGCGGCUGCAGAACUGGGCCAAAGCUCAGCCCCACAAGGUGGUUCCUCUGAAGGGUCUUUGGGAGCAGGUGGUCCCCACGCUGCCAGACAACCACUUUGACGGGAUCCUGUACGACACGUACCCGCUGUCCGAGGACACGUGGCACACGCACCAGUUCGACUUCAUCAAGGGUCACGCACACAGGAUGCUGAAGCCGGGAGGAGUCCUCAGCUACUGCAACCUCACCUCCUGGGGAGAGCUUCUGAAGACCAAGUACAGCGACAUUACCACCAUGUUCCAGGAGACACAGGUUCCACACCUGCUUCAGGCUGGGUUCAAGGAGAACCGGAUCAGCACCAGCACGAUGGACAUCGCCCCCCCAGAGGAGUGCAAGUACUACUCCUUCAACAAGAUGAUCACCCCCACCAUCUACAAGGACUGA